UCAAACAUAUUUCUAUAUGUAUUUAUUCGUUUUAUCUAUUUUAUUAUCCGUAUUUGUUAAACACAGUCUUAAAUUUUAAAUAACCGCCAGUUACACUGCGCCACUGGAUUGAGUUGGCUGAGUAAAGUCUUUCGUUUUUCAUUGGUUCUCUAAUUUCAUUGGUCUUUCUUAUUUUCAUUAUCCAAUAAAUUUAAUUCUCUAUUUGAUAUAAGUAACCGUUCAAACUAAGUAAAAUUAGGCAGUAUUUCAUUUUCAACAUCGUCAGUCAAUCCAGCGUGUAUCUGCUGCAUCUUGUGGUCAAUGCUUUAUUUAUCUACUUAAUAAAUCGACUGAAAUCACCAUCUGCCUCCUUUCUGCUCGGUUACAUCAUGGCGCUGCGAGAAAACAUAUCCAAGCAUUGACCACCGUAGGAAUUUAUUUUCCAAAUAUGCAGCUAAGUUUCUAAUUGAAGUGAAUUUUAUAUCGGAAAGAACUUGUUCGACUUGCUAUUGUGUCAGUGAGUAGAUAUCAUGCCGAUCGAUUCCCUGUGUUAAAGCCCUAAUACUUUCCGCUUUGUGAAUCGUUUUCAUGAGUACUGUUGAUACCAUUGUAAACUUAUCACCAUGAAGAAAGCGGAAUUACAACACCGUGUCCAUGAAUUGGAAAUGGAAUUACUAGAAGCAAAAUAUAGAUCGCAAUCGAAACAAGUCAUUGAAAAGCAAACCUUUAUCCCAGAAACAAGAAAAAUAAAGACAUUUUGUGGCCGCCCAAAAUCAAAAUCUGACAUAUCUGUUGAUGACUGGAUUGAUGACAUAGAAAUUGCGUUUUCAGCAAGAAAAUAUUCAGAUACUCAAAAAGUUGACUUGAUUUAUUCACAUCUAGAGGGUCAAGCAAAAGAAGAAGUCAAAUUCCGACCAGAUAUACGACAGGAUCCGCACGCCAUUUUGGACUGUCUUCGUGUCGCAUUCGGCAAUCCGGAAUCUGUGACGUCACUUCAGCAGAAAUUCUUUGAACGAAAUCAGCUAGAAUCGGAAACUAUUCGACACUAUUCAUACGCAUUGCUGGAUUUAUAUCAAAACGUUAUCAGAAAAGACAGAAGUGUAUUUCCAAAUAAACACAUUACGCUGUGCGAGAAGUUUGCGAAUGGUCUACGGGAUUCAUUGUUAAGAAACGAAGCAAAGAAGCUAUUGCGUAAUGAACCUACAGACUUCCACAAGUUCCGAGACGAAAUUAUACUAUUUAGCGAGGAAGAGGAAAUGAUAGACAAGGAUUCCGCUAACUCAACCCAUUCGAACACGAUCAGCGAUCAGCAUAAUUUAAACACCCAGCCGAGCGACUCGCCUACAACGGAACAACUUUUGAAAAUCAUCGAAGCACAGCAAAAGCAGAUCGACUCUCUACCCGGUUUGAUCAGAGAUCGCGGAACCAGUCAGCAUACAAAGGAAAACCGGGAUUUUUAUCGUUCACCACCUGUGUGCUAUGAGUGCGGUAAAGUUGGACAUAUGCAGAGAAAUUGUCGUUCUAAACCAAGUGAAACAACAGCCGGGGCAUCGGAAAACAAGUCACAUCUAUUAAAGGGAGUCCGUUAAUAGAUGGGGGUUUACAGGACUCUACAUUUUCGUGUCGUAUCAUAGGACAGUGUCCAGUGAUUAACAUUUCUGUGAUGGAUUUGAAUAUCAGAUGCCUAGUUGACACUGGUUCGAUGGUUUCUACAAUUACCGAAACGUUUUAUCGAAAGUAUAUCAAGCCGCUUGGAAAGAUGGUGAACCCAACAUGUCAUU